AUGUUGAGUCGGUAUCUGUGUCAUCUGUGUGUUCUACUGUCCAUAGUAAUGGCCGUGAUCAGUGGUAAGUGAUACGACAUUAAUACCGUAUUAUUAUGGUGUCGGAUUACUGUAAUUUAAACCAAUUUGUCAUUUUUAAGUGGAUUUACACUUUCGAGAGUAUUUUUAACCAGUUUUUGUUUUGGUUAAAGUAACGGAAACGAGCUAAUAACAAGUUAUUGUAACCGUGCAUACGUUACAGCACGGUCAGUGAAUCGUAUGACGAAAUUGGCUUCAUUUUACUGUGGUUUAGUUUGGUUUUGUAAAACAACAAAUUUUACAAAAUUUUACAUUGACUAUAGAAAAGAGCAAGAUAUGUUGGAUUAGUUAUGUUACAGUAGUCUCAGACAACUUUGUUAGAAAAAUUUCGAAAAUUUAAGAUUUCAACUUUGAUAAGUUUAAUCCUUUAAACUUUUCAAACAAUUAAAGUUUGUAUUGAUUCUGAAACAGUACGACACAGUAGAUUUACGGCCAAACACUGUUUUAAACUGUCAAUUUGCUUAAUUCGAACAUUCGAAUAAUUUGUGUCGCGGGACUUGAAACAGCCUAAGGGACCCAUUUUGGGCCCUCCUUUUAGAGAUUUAUUGCCAGCCGUUUGCCUGUAACAUUACAACUUUGUGAUAUAACGAGUAACAUGGUUUAUUAGCUCGAACAUACCACAACAUGAUUUAGAACAGUAACGUAGUAAAGUAUGAUAAAUGAGUUGAAAUGUUACAGUAGGAUAAGGAAGUUGUGAUUUUGUUUACAAAAAUAUUACCGUGUUAAGAAUAAUUUAUGGGAGCUAAAUCAUAAAAACAUGUUUUGUUGGUAUUGUCUUUGGUAAGCAUAUGAUCUAUAUUAUGGUAGUUGCAUCAAAAUUGAACUUAAAUUUUAAAAAACCUUUUUAUUGUAAAAAUUUUAUCUAAAAAAGGGUUUUUCUUGAGACAGUCUAUAUCUCGAUUUCAUGUCAAGAUAUUUUGAGAUCCUACGUAACGUAACUACGUUUGUCAAUCUUGUUGUAAACAAUAUUACAAAGUCAUUUAAAGUAAAUUUAAACACUUAAAUUUAAGCCAACUUUGCUACAACCUCCUUAAGUUAGCUUAAAAUGUUUGUAAAUGUCUGUUUUGGCAGUGUCAUGAUGACAUAUUUUUUGGAAGCUGCCUAAAUUGCCUUCUUUGAACUAAAACGGAAAAAAUAAAAUUUCUUUUUUAAUUAUUGGUCUGUGAUAUUUGCAGUUUCCGUGGAAGAGCCAGAAGAAUACAUGUUCAUCGCCAACCCCUACCCGUCGUGGCCCCUCCAAGAUGUAAGUUAAUUCAUUGCCGCCAUCAUUCCCACAACAAUACGAAUAUUAUAUGCCCAGUAGGCGUAUUUAUAUAGCUAUAAAUAUAUAAGCGAAAACGCUAUGAUACACUUUUAUACUUUGGGUAACAACAAUACGUUUAUAUUAGACUAAUAACAAUGCUUGUUUGGGUAUGUUAUUGUAGGUAUUGUAGUUUUUUCCGUUUGUUAUGGAGGAAGUUUAAAUUGUUAUUGUAAAGGGUUUAUAAUUAUUGUUAAUCUGUUAGGAAACAAUAUCAUUUCACAAAUUAAUAGUGACGUGGUCAAAAAUUUUAUGGAAAAAUCAAAAGAAAGUCACAAAGUUCAGGAUAGUAAUCUUAUAGCUAUAGUACCAUCCAUAAACCCCUUACCAAGUCCUUUAGUAGAAAAACAUUCCAAUAAAGAAAUAUAAAAACACCUAUUUACUUUGAGAUUAAAUUACAUGUUACAAUACCUUUUAUAAUUGUUUAUAUUCACAUAAAAUGGCACGUACACGUGCUUCGUAGACAUACCUGUAUGAUAUUUACAUUUCAAAAUAUUUUUAAAAUGACUAUUCAGCGCUUAAAACAACAAUACUUAUUACUUACGCUUUGUAAUCUUGUUACCACAAUAACAUGGCAGAUAACUGCGUCACGUAAUCUCUUCAAAAUAACUUUUGCACUAAGAUAUGAUAUUUUACAUAGACAUCGUCUUGCAAAAAUAUUUAAAUAUGAAUACCGUUUUUGAACUAGUUAUGCCUAAAAGUUCGAAAAACAGCCAUUUUUCAUAGAAUUCAUUUAGGUUUUUCCGUUGAUUUUCCUAUAUACUGUCACAUCAAAAAUUAUACUUUAAGCCUACAAACUUAUAGGCGUUACUACUUUAAUAUGCAAAUUUUGCAGCAAGGUGAAGCUCCGCACCGAAUGAAGAAAUGGGCUUCUUCGCUGCGGUUCGGCAAACGAGGGCCAGGAUGGGCUAGUCAAGUUCGAUUCGGCUAA